AUGACCUCCCGAUUACGUGCGUUUGGUGGAAGAAUUAAUAACAUACGCACCUCAGAAUUGCCGAAAGAGAAAGCCCGAUCCGAAGUCGUGUGCAGCAUCCGCUUUCUAGAUGGCUCGGUACAGACCUUUAAAGUUAAUAAACAGGACACCGGUCAAGUUCUCCUGGACAUGGCAUACAACCACUUGUGCGUGACCGAAAAGGAAUAUUUUGGUUUGCAGCAUGGCGAUGAAUCAGUGGACUCUCCCCAGAGGUGGCUGGAAUCAAGCAAGCCCAUCAGGAAGCAGUUAAAAGGAGGUUUCCCCUGUACCCUGCAUUUUCGAGUAAGAUUUUUUAUACCUGAUCCCAACACACUGCAGCAAGAACAAACCAGGCAUUUGUAUUUCCUACAACUGAAGAUGGAUAUCUGUGAAGGAAGGUUGACCUGCCCUCUUAACUCAGCGGUGGUUCUGGCAUCCUACGCAGUACAAUCUCAUUUCGGAGACUAUAAUCCUUCCAUCCACCACCCGGGCUAUCUUUCUGAGAGCCAGUUUAUACCAGAUCAGAACGACGACUUUGUCACGAAGGUGGAAUCGCUCCACGAGCAGCACAGUGGGCUGAAGCAGUCAGAAGCGGAAUCUUGCUUCAUCAACAUCGCACGGACCCUCGACUUCUAUGGCGUGGAGCUGCACGGCGGCCGGGACCUGCACAAUUUAAAUCUAAUGAUCGGGAUUGCCUCCGCGGGCAUUGCUGUGUACCGGAAACAUAUUUGCACAAGUUUCUAUCCUUGGGUGAACAUCCUAAAAAUCUCUUUCAAAAGGAAAAAGUUCUUUAUACAUCAGCGGCAAAAGCAGCCUGAAUCCAGGGAUCACAUUGUGGCCUUCAACAUGCUAAAUUACCGGUCUUGCAAAACCCUGUGGAAAUCCUGUGUCGAGCACCAUACGUUCUUUCAGGCAAAGAAGCUGCUGCCUCAGGAAAAGAAUGUUCUGUCUCAGUACUGGACGCUGGGCUCCAGGAACCCCAACAAGUCUGUAAAUAACCAGUAUUGCAAAAAGGUGAUUGGAGGGAUGGUCUGGAACCCAGCCAUGCGGAGAUCCUUAUCCGUGGAGCAUUUAGAAACCAAGAGUCUGCCUUCUCGGUCCCCUCCUAUUACUCCCAACUGGCGGAGUCCUCGGCUCCGGCAUGAAAUCCGAAAGCCAAGGCACUCUUCUGCGGACAACCUCGCCAACGAGAUGACGUACAUCACCGAAACCGAGGAUGUGUUUUACACCUACAAGGGCUCCCUCUCCCCGAAAGAUAGCGAUUCGGAGGCUUCUCAGAACCAGAGCCCACACCAAGAGAGCGUAUCCGAGAGCAACCCAGCACAAAGCUGCCCGACCCGGAAGUCAUCCAGCUCUGUGUCUCCGUCUUCAAACGCUCCGGGCUCCUGCUCCCCAGAUGGCGUGGACCAGCAGUUCUUAGAGGACUUCCACAGGGUGACCAAAGGGGGCUCCACCGAGGACUCCAGCCAGUACUACUGCGACAAGAAUGACAAUGGGGACGGCUACUUAAUCUUGAUCCGCAUCACGCCAGAUGAGGAUGGAAAAUUUGGAUUCAAUCUGAAGGGAGGAGUGGAUCAAAAGAUGCCUCUUGUGGUGUCGAGGAUAAACCCAGAGUCGCCUGCGGACACCUGCAUUCCGAAGCUGAACGAAGGGGAUCAAAUCGUGUUAAUCAACGGUCGGGACAUCUCAGAGCACACCCACGACCAGGUGGUGAUGUUCAUCAAAGCCAGCCGGGAGUCCCACACGCGGGAGCUGGCCCUGGUCAUCCGGAGGAAAGCUGUCCACUCCUUGGUGGAUAUCAAAUCCGAAGAUGACCUGAACCAGCUCUUCCCGGAGGCCAUUUUCCCUGAGUGUCCGGAGGGUGCCGACACCUUGGAGGGCUCCAUGGAACAGCUGAAGAAGGGCCUCGAAAGUGGGACGGUGCUGAUCCAGUUCGAGCAACUCUACAGAAAGAAACCUGGGCUGGCCAUCACCUUUGCAAAGCUGCCUCAAAAUUUGGACAAAAACCGAUACAAAGACGUGUUGCCUUAUGACACCACCCGAGUGUUACUGCAGGGAAACGAAGAUUACAUUAACGCGAGCCACGUGAACAUGGAAAUUCCCGCUGCUAACCUCGUGAACAAGUACAUUGCCGCUCAGGGACCCCUGCCACAUACCUGCGCACAGUUCUGGCAAGUCGUCUGGGAUCAGAAGUUAUCACUCAUCGUCAUGUUGACGACUCUCACAGAGCGAGGGCGGACCAAGUGCCACCAGUACUGGCCCGAUCCUCCCGAUGUCGCCGAGCAUGGCAGCUUCCACAUCCGCUGUCAGUCAGAGGACUGCACCAUCGCCUACGUGUUCCGAGAAAUGCUGGUCACCAACACCGAGACCGGAGAAGAGCACACUGUGACACACCUCCAGUACGUCGCGUGGCCGGACCACGGCGUGCCCGACGACUCCUCGGACUUCCUGGAAUUUGUGAGCUACGUGAGGUCCCUGAGAGUGGACGCCGAGCCCGUCCUAGUGCACUGCAGCGCUGGAAUAGGUCGGACCGGUGUCUUGGUCACCAUGGAAACAGCCAUGUGUCUCAUCGAGAGGAACCUGCCCGUUUACCCUCUGGAUAUUGUCCGGAAGAUGCGAGACCAGCGCGCCAUGAUGGUGCAGACAUCAAGCCAGUACAAGUUUGUGUGCGAAGCCAUUCUUCGUGUUCAUGAAGAAGGCUUGGUCCCCAUGCUGGAUACCAGCUAA